CAAGCUCCCUUCAGUCCGCGACGGGCGCAUUGACUCUCCCGUUCAUCUUCGACUCGUCACACACGAGCCGCGCGGGCAUCCUUGGCUCCACCUCCACUUCCAAGGUACCCCACCACUCAGCCCUCUAGCCCCUUCCACACAUCACCCUACGUUGCCCUUCUCCGCUACCAGGGCGCUGCUGCCGAACGGAGUAUUCCUCGCGGCGCGGCGACGGCUGAUCAGUGCGCGACUCGUCGUUGUUGCGGCGAUUGUGCGAGGACGAGGAGCGUUGUAAUAAGUUGUUUCGUCGUCCGUCAGUGCUUGCUCGCUGGCUUUCAUAAGGUUUCGUCGCGCUUGUGACUCGUAACACGGAAGGAAGAAGAAAAUCUACGAUACGCCGGCGUAUUGGCAACGAGAGGAUUCUUCGCGACUUUACAUUUAUACGCGGACCGCGAAGGUUAUUGUUCGCUCCCGGCGAGUCUCAGCGUCUCUUGUCGUCCCACGGAUAUUACUGGAAUAAAGUGUGUCAACGCCAAGUGUGACAAAAAAAAAAAGAAAAAAGUGAGAACCGCGCGUGAGAUAUCGCGUAGAAUAACGCGAAUUGUCAACGACCCCUCGCCGAGGAGUGCGUCGUACGUUGUACACCGGCCAAAUUGUCCCGUAAAUACGCGCGUGCCGCAGUGCACAGUGGGCGAUCGGAGAGUUGGUUUUCCGCCGCGGUUUUCCGAUUCGCGAACAACCAAAUCGGCCUUCGUUUGCGCGCGGCAUUUGCGCGUCGGCGCGCACCUUGCCUCACGUUUGUCGGCUCACGCCGCUUCCGGGCGACGGGGCUUCUUCGUGUGACACCGAAACGGGGCACCGGCACGACGCGAUUCGUGGCUAUGCAGCAGCCCCGCGGCGCAGCGGCGAGCAGGUAACGCCGACGGAGAUACGACGAGUAGAACGCCUCACAUCCGCGCCUCCUCCGCUCACCGAGGAAGCGCCGGCGGCGUGUAAACACCGAGGGAUACGCGACGUGUCAACAUGUGGACCACGAUGAUCGUGUGGACGACCGCCGUCGUUCUCCUGCCGACUCCCCGAAUGGUGCACGCCUCGGGGGUGUUCGAGCUGAGGCUAAAGUCUUUCAUGAACGAGUACGGCAAGGACAGCCUGGGCAAGUGCUGUUCCGGCAACGCGUCCAAGACAGGCGAGUGCUCGGGGGUCUGUAAGACGUGGUUUCGGGUCUGCCUGAAGCAGUACCAGGCUGAGAUCGACACAACGUCGCCGUGUACGUACGGCGACGUCGUGACGCCCGUUCUCGGCGAGAACGCGUUCAAUCUCAGCGCGAAUGUCGCUCUGCCGAGCUUCACCAACCCCAUCAACUUCCCGUUCGACUUCACGUGGCCGGGUACAUUCUCGCUAAUAGUGGAGGCUUAUCACGAUGCGAACAACAACAGCACGGACAAGCCGGCUGAAAAAAUACUGAUCAUGCGGCUGACCACCCAGAAAUGGUUGGACGUCGGGCCGAAGUGGACCGUGGACGCGUACAGAAGCGCCCAUUCGCAGAUGGAGUACGAGUACCGCGUGAUGUGCGCGGCGCAUUACUACGGUAAGGGCUGCGAGAACGUGUGCCGACCGCGGGAUGACAACUUCGGUCACUUCAGCUGCAGUCCGACUGGCGAGCGCGUCUGCUUAUCCGGGUGGAAGGGCUACUACUGCGACGCCGCCCGCUGCCUGCCCGGAUGCGACGAACAUCACGGACACUGCAGUCGACCCAACGAAUGCAUAUGUCACAACGGCUGGAAGGGUUCGCAGUGCAAUCAGUGCGUCCGGUACCCGGGCUGUCUCCAUGGCACUUGUCAGAAGCCGUGGGAGUGCGUGUGCGAUGAAGGCUGGGGCGGACUAUUCUGCAACCAGGAUCUCAACUAUUGCACGAAUCACAAGCCGUGCCUGAACGGCGGCACCUGCUUCAACACCGGCCAGGGCUCAUACACCUGCUCGUGCCCGCCGGACUUCACCGGCACCGACUGCGAGACGCCACUUUUCGACUGUCACUCGAAGCCCUGCCAAAACGGCGGUACCUGCACGCUGGAAUCGUCUACGAGCUAUUCCAACGGCACCGCCGGCGGCGAAUUGUCCACCAGGAAGCAUCAUCGCUACCGUUGCACCUGUCCGCCCGGUUGGCGCGGUCGGUAUUGCGAGACCACGACGAAAUCUUGCCGGGACUCGCCCUGCCAGCACGGCGCGACCUGCGAGAAUGAUUCGACACGCGGCUACUUGUGUCAUUGCCCGGCCGGUUACACCGGCGCCGACUGCGAUCUGCAGACCGACGAGUGCAAACCCAAUCCCUGCAUGAACAACGGCACGUGUAAAGAUCUGUUUAACGGCUAUCAGUGCACUUGCCCGAUCGGCUUCGUCGGCGAGCGCUGCGAGACCAAUGUGGACGACUGUCAGGGGAGUCCAUGCUUGAACGGCGCCACCUGCGUGGAUCAAGUGAACAGCUUUCGCUGUCAGUGCGUGCCCGGUUACGUCGGUCGGAUGUGUCAAAAUAAAGUCGACUACUGCAUAGCGAAACCAUGCGCGAACGGCGGUCACUGCACGACCGGGACCAACGAUUAUCACUGCGCGUGCAAACCCGGUUUCAGCGGCAAGGACUGCAGCGUGGACAUCGACGAGUGCCAAAGCGCGCCAUGCCUAAACGGCGGCACGUGCCGGAACCGCGUGAACGGCUUCUUGUGCGAGUGUCUGACGGGUUGGUACGGUGACACCUGCGGCGAGGUAGCCGGAGCCCGUCCACUCCAUCAGGCAUUACCACCAACUGCAUCAUCAUCAUCCGUGCCUACAUCGAGCACCGGUUAUUGGCCCGGCAAAUUGUCGAAGCACGUCGCUUCCAAGGACGCCAACUUGACUACGGAACACGUGGUGAUGAUCGCUGCUUUGUCUAUCGCGGUUCCGGCCUUCGUGCUGUGCGCCGCGAUCGCCGUGAUGUACAUGAAGAGACGGCAGAAGCGGGAGCAAGCAAAAGCCGACGAAGAAGCAAGACUGCAGAACGAAAGAAACGCCGUGCACAGUAGCAUGAGCAAGCGUAGCGCCAGCACCAUCGGCGUGAUUGGCAGCGGCGGCGGCGGCGGCGGAAUCGGCAUUGUUGGCGCCGGCAAUGGAAUCGGCAGUGUCGGCGCUCUUCUCAGCGGCGCGAGUAGCGGUCUAAUCGGCACCGGCGGUGGCAGUGUUUGCGCACUAGGCACCGGCGACGCGCACAUGAUCAAAAACACCUGGACGGCGAGCAAAAGUGUCAACAACGUGGCGUCGGCAGCGCGCCAGGACGAUCUAGACUCGUCGUUUCAGACCGACGUAACGCUAGACAGUUCUUGUUCGGGCUACAAGCCCGAGCCGGUGCUGCAAGAUUGCCGAACGACAAGGACGACGAAGCAACUGAACACGGAAGCGGCCGCCCAUCGGGCGUCCGCUCAUCUCUACCAAAAGGAGAAGGACUGUCUCGGCCUGGGCCUCGGCAUCGGGGUCUUGGAGAGCGCCAAGAGAUCGUCCGUAUUCACCAGCAACACGUCGGACAGUUGUUGCGCCGCGGAGGCUGCGCUAAUGAAGAGGCCGACGUUAUCAGAGGCCAACGGCGUCGCUGGCGGCGUCAGCAUCAUCGGCAGUGGUAGUAGUGGCCCACCGGGAAGUGGUGGUGGUGUCGCGGACAACAGCAGUUGCGGUGUGUAUGUGAUAGACGAUCAUUACAGACACGAUGCCUCGCUGGCGGCGACGCUCGCGACGGAAGUGUAGUUUAGAGUCCGACGCCGAACGUAUAGUAGACUCCCACUUAGAGUGAUAGAGCGAGAAAGAGAGGAGCGCGUGAGUGAGAUCGGAGCCGGUGCGUGUGCGUGCGUGUGAAUUUAAUGGACCCAACCCCGUUCGGUUCUCUUCGAUUUUCUCGGACGGCGCCGUCGCCGCGACGUUCUCGGGACGCGGCGCCCUUCGUCCCGGAUGCCUAGAAGCGUUUGUUUCUUUUUCUAUUUUUUUUCCUUUCCGUUUUUUUUUUCCCCCUUUAUAUUUUUAUCACAUCUCCUUUUUGCGAGUGCCGCGUGUACUUGUGCAUCCGCGAUCGACAUCGCUGUUUAGGACUUGGCGAAUAUGAAACAUCGGAACGAGAAACGCGAGCGCUGCCUAGUUUGAAUCGACGACGAUUAUGCUGGACGAGAACGACGACGGACUGGCCGAAGACGUUCGAUCGGGGCUGAUUGAGAGGCGUUAGGGGAAUUAUAACGCGAUGCUGUGGGGGUCGGUCGGUUUCCUCGACGGCCGGCCGACCCAUCUCUAGGUAUUAAUAUUAUAUCGUAAAGUGAAAACUCUGUACAGAACUAAUUUAUUAUUAUUGUUAUUUACUUAUCGUAUUACCGAUUGCUAUUAAUUAUUAUUAUUAUUAAUAUUAUUACAUCCCGUAUCGCAUUAUCAUUGUUCCCGGCAUUAGUUCUUUUUCGAAUUUGUGUGACCGAGCUCUCGGCUGCCAGUGCGAGAGUGUGACAGCGAAAAAAAUCUUAUAUGUAUGUGUAUGUCGUAUCCUUGUGAAUGAGCGGUGUGCGCGGUGCGCGUGUGUGUGUAGUUUGCGAGCGAGAAAAUUCCGACAACGGAUCAGCAUCUUGGAACGACGUUGCUGCUUUGCAUUCGAGAUUAACGUUUUUCACUUAACGUUUUUUCUUAUUCCUUUUUUUUUUGUCUUUUUCUUCUUUUUUUUUACAAACGAUGAGAUGCAUUCCUUUUUGCAGUCAAAAUGCCGUGGAUUUCUGAUUAUGUAGCGACGUUCAGUAGCGCGGUCUUAGAUUCGAUGAAAAGCGUGAAAAUUGACGACAAAAAUAAUAUGAAAAAAAGUGUUCGCUCUAAUUCUUCGGGAGUCUUCAUUUCGGUCAUAAUCUCGAAACGGUCGAACAAUUUAUCUCAUCUUUUGAUAUCGUUUCCAUGCUUUUCUUCAGCCGGCCUGAAAAAAAAUGUUUGAAAAGACGGAAAUCAACGUGCGCUUGACGGAGUUCCGCCUUUUUAAUCAGAAAAACCAUUUUGUCAUUCCAUUAUGCCGGAUUGAUCCUGGUUACUCAGCUUAGAUAAAGGUGAUAAAUUUCAAUAAAAUAAACACGUGGGAUAAAAGUGACAAUUAAGCAACGCGACAAUUAAGUAGACUCUUUUGUAGGAAAAAGAAAAAAAAAAUACCAAAAACCGUGAAAGGGAAAGCCGGCGCACGCCAAAGUCCGAAGGUGUCUUCGGUAUCUUUUCAUCGAAAUACAUCGAAUCUCUGUUAAGCUCAAAAACUUGCUUUCGCGGUGUGAGAAAUGCCGAAGAAGUCGCGCGGCGCUGGCUUUUCCCUCAUCGACAAAAUAUUUCCUACGAAUCUUCCGACCACAACACGCAACGGUGUGUUAUUCUUCGACGAAAACACUGCUCGCGCUACGUACGGUUGAACAGGACGAAUAGAUGUGUAUAAAUUAUGCAGAUAUAUAUAGAGAUAUAUAAAUAGAAAAAUAAAUAUAUAUAUGCAAAUGAACAGUGAGAGAUAGAGACCCGACUUCGUCGACGACGGCGUUUCGACGACAAGGCGGUUCGUUCCGAAGCGAUUCAGCGCCGAAGUCAACGAGAGUUUCGAAUCGUUGGGGGAAGCCGAAGGAACGAUUAUCCUUGCGCAAAGGGACGUCGGAUCGAACGUGGCCGCUUUUCUUCUUCCAUUCUACGACGAUUAGUGAAUCGCGUAGUGCGAUCGAUUUUUUAUCCGAAUGCAAACUUUUCCCAAGACGUCUGAAAGAACUGAAGAAUAUCUGAAAAAUUAUAACAUUUUGUAUUACAAAAGUCCUAAGAGAAAUUAUAAUCUUUUAGACAUUUCUUUCAGAUUUUUUUGUAGAUUGUCUUCUGAACUUCCGCGUUUGCGUUUUCAGCACUUUCCGGCUUGUAUCUUUGGAAGGUAGAGAAAUCGAUCGAACUACGAUUGAAGUUUCGCAAGUUUGUCUGUCUCUUUUGCGAUUAUUUACGUCCGGCAGAUGAAUUCGCGAACAAUAGACUCGCGUCAUCCGCGUUCUUUUGUGCAAGAAACGAAAACCCGGGAAGAUCGUUCGCAGACUUUUCGGCUUUCGUGAAUUGAUUCCCGCACGGUUCCGAAGGAACGCCAAACCGCUUCGUUUCGGCGGCCGCUUCGCUGACUUCGUUCGCGAAUACGUGAUAGAUAAGUGACGAUUAUUGUGUGUGUUGUCGCACGUUGUCGAUGAUGAUAACUAAUUAUUUAUUUAUGACUGAUGACUACGAUUGCGACGAUUUUACACAGCGUAAAACAAAAAAAGAAUAAAUAGCGAUUAAGCGCGCCAACGACGACGAUGAUGACGAUGACGAUAUUAUCGCGUUAGAAACGCGUGUGCGACGAGAAAAAGAGAAUGUGUGAGAGAACGAGCGCGCGCAAGAGAGGGAGAGAGUUGUAGCGAACAAAGAUUCGAUGAUGUUCCUGUUACGAAUAAUGGUAAUUAAAUAAACGAAAUGCAAGUACCGACUAAGUCAGGCUUAUUUUCGGGUCUCGUUCGCGCGCGAGGGGGGCGCGAAACGGGGGGGGGGGGCGUUCUCGCGUGUACAACGGUAGCAGCGCGGUUUUUGGCGACCGUACAUACCGCAAUCGCGGAUCGAUCUUAUUUUCUUAUCCGGCUUCCACUUCCCGAUCCUCCAACAGUCGCCGUCGCGCGCGCACAGACGCGGAACGCGAAGCGCGUACGUAUAAAUGCAAGAUUAUAUUGUACGAAUUACAAUGUGUAAUAAAGCUGUUGUCAUUUUUUGUACUUACACUUCUUCGGACGAUUUGAUACGCUAUCGUUGAGCGGUUUCCAAUAUUCCCAUGCGUCUCCUCGCCUCUUCGUCUUUUUUUUCGAUCUUCCGAUCCUCCUCUUCCUCUUUACACAUUUCCGACAUUCAAUAUUCAUUAGACUUUCGAAUUUUUUUUCUCUCCUUUCUUUUUUUGUACUAAUGAUAUCUACGGGAAUAUUGUCCUUCGUCCUCUGCUGAUAGUGGCCUUUCGUUCGUAGCAUUAAUACGAAGAUUGUAAAAACUUUCCCAGGCGUACUCUCUACCCCGUUUUUGUAUAAAAUAAAAGGAUAACACACAGCGUAUACAUACACAGACACACACGCAGCACAUCUGUAUAUUUGUAGUAGAAGAAUUACGAUUAUAUUAUUAUUAAUUAUUAAUAUUAUUAUUAUUAUGAAAACGUGUAAAUAGAUGAAUUGUCAAUAUAACGAUGUCACGCAAAUGACAGUGAACGACUAAUAAUAAUGAUGAUUAAAAAAU